AUGCCUUAUGCUAAUCAACCUAUCGUUACUUUAACAAGUUAUAAUAAUGAGAAUUUGAAAUUUAUUCUUGAGGAAACGGAUCUAAGUGUAGCCAAUGCUAUUCGUCGUGUUUGUAUCGCAGAGGUACCCACCCUGGCCAUAGAUUGGGUACAAAUUGAGGAGAAUAACACAAUGCUAAAUGAUGAAUUCAUCGCCCAACGUGUUGGAUUAAUUCCUUUAACAUCUGAUAAUGUAGUUGACAAAAUGACAUAUUUUCGAGAAUGUCCUUGUCGUGAAUUUUGUGAACAGUGUUCUGUUGAACUGACAUUGGAUGUAUGCUGCACGACAGAUGUACCAAGGCAUGUUACAGGAGCAGAUUUAAUCAGUAGUAAUCGUGAUGUACAACCUGUACCGUCAAAAGAUAUUGACGAUCCAUCAUAUGCAGGACAGGAAUCUAUACUCAUUGUUAAAAUGCGUAAAGGUCAACGGCUUAAACUCAGGGCGAUUGCUAAGAAAGGCUUUGGUAAAGAACAUGCUAAAUGGAAUCCAACUGCUGGUGUAGGCUUUGAAUAUGAUCCAGACAAUGCAUUAAGGCAUACAUUUCUUCAUAAACCUGAAGAAUGGCCGCGUUCCGAGUAUUCUACCCUACCAGAAGAUGAACAUCAAGCACCAUAUGAUCCAACUGGAAAGCCGAAUCGAUUUUAUUUUAACAUUGAAACCUGUGGAUCACUACACCCAAGAGCCAUCAUCUUCUCUGGUUUAACUGUACUGAAAAGGAAGCUACAAAAUCUCUUGGACAAUUUAACACAAGAAGGUCUUUAA